AUGCAUCAGCAAGCCCGAGUGCCCCCGAGGCUCGCCUCGCCGGCAAGGUCGCCCAUGCGAUCCAACAGCCUUCGAGAUGGUGCGGUGGGAUCUCGGCCGCGCGCGGGAUCCAAUCUCUCGACCCGGGAGUCUGCGAGCUCGCCAACCAUGGAACAGCCCGGACCGCCGGCCGAGUCAAUAAAGAAGUUGGACCAGAUCGUCCAGAACUUCCACACCAAAAUUGCUUCUGUCGUCGUCGCCUCGCGUAUGAAGGUCAAGCCGAUCCAUGGCGCCAACGGAGCGCCGAGAAUCAACAAAUGGUUCCAGAUCGAAACCGAGGAGAUCGACGACUUUAAGGAAGAGCUGAGGAUAUGGAAGAACUGCGGCAGCCUUGAGAACCACCCUCCGCCGAUGAUUAUCGAAGUGUAUCUGGAUGCGUCGUCGCUCAAGGAGAGCCAGAGCCUUGUCAUCAUUGACGAGGACGGCAAGCGCUGGGACGUCUUAGAGCAGCUCACCGCAUCGACCUCGUCGAAUGACAGCGACUCGCUCACCACAAUCAAAAAACCUACCGAGGUGAUACUCGAACGAUGGCGGGUGGAACUCAAGUCCAUCACCGACAAGCCCGUAGACGACUUUGGACCGAUCUUGCCCACCAUUUACAAAAAGGCUAUUGUCUUCUUUAGAUCCCUCUUCGUCGCCACAAAGCUACUCCCAGCCUGGAAGUUUGCUAGCCAGGGCGCUAUCAAGAACUCUCACCCCGCCCUGAUCCCUCAAUGCCGGAUUCGCAUGUCGGACCCGGACAGGUCAAGGCCUGAUCUUUUAAGAAAUUCGAUCGAUGGGAGGAGGGAUGCAGUCACCGAAUACAUGUUUGGAGAUCUUGAUGUGCCCGUGGGGAGGCUGUGCACAUCUGUGAUAUACCGCAAUGACUGCACGUUCCGCGUGGACGACUCAGAGUCACUUUUAAGUUCGCGCUUCAUGGGAGUAGACGAAAACUUCUUCAAGCCAUCAUUGCCCCAGCGGCACAUGGCCGAGGUGGGUUCGCUGCGAGACCACCGCCGCGGAGUGAGCGUGAAUGACGUUCACCAGACAUAUGGUAGCCUGUCGACCUUCCACGGUGAUAACCCCUUGGGCACAAGUCCCAUCUCUGCCCUCCGUGCUGUCAAGCCGCCCGGCUCAGACACGAGCUCUCCUCCGGCAUCACUCCCUCAUCAGACCGACCCGGGAGCUGCAGCUCCUCAUUCGCUGCCAAUGUCAGGGCGAGCAUCUGCGGCAAGACCCGUGGCCCGGGUUGCUGAGGAUCGAAGGAGACCAUCCAUAUCUUUCCAGCCGUUCAAAGCUGGCUCGCUCUCCGGGUCUCCCGUUCCCCGACACACUGACCCCGAAUCGCCUGCCUCGCUCACCAGGCCCAGUUUGCCGUCCCUGCGACAACCAGGAAACCGAUCUUCGCUGACGGCGGGCAUGCCGGCCUCUCUGCGCGGCGGGCCAGCCUCCGUCAAUGCCACCGAGUCGCCCAUCGCAGGAUCCCCACGACCAGCCUCUGCCAGCCGGUACAGCAGCAGCUUCACGCACCGCAGAGGUCGCUUGUCAAUUGGCAGCACAAGCCGGGCGGGCGACGAAGAGCAGAGCAGCAGCGGAAGGCAGAGCUUGGCCUCGUCGACUGUGCAGCCAGGGUCGGGAUUCCUCGCCGAGGUUGGGGCGGCAAGCUACAGCUCGCUUCAGACCGAGGAGGACGACAUCUCCGACUUUCUCAAGGCACUGGAUAGCAAGAAGACUCUCAAGUCCUUCGAACCGACCAAGAAGGGAGAGUCCGCGACGAGCAGGACAGUCGCCCAGCUGUCCAAGUUCCAGAUGAUGAGGGAGUCCAACGCCGCACUGACCGAGUCCAUGACCUCUUCCAUGCAGCUCAAUCGCUCCUCUACCGUUUCCAGCAGACAGCUGGCGAAUCUCACUGGCAUCGGCGGGACGAUCUCGCUAUCGACCUCUACCUCUCCCGGAAAGCCAGUGUCGCCGCAUACGCCGCACACGCCCGCGAUUCCAUCCCGUCUGAGCGAGAACUCAAUUAUUGAUUAUUCCCCAACGUACAAGAGGGUGGAGCCUCCGGAGCGAGAAUCCCAACACUCUCGAACUGCAGGAAGCCAAGCACGCGGCACCCAGGACGGAGCGACCGCCAUUGAUAUUCCCCUAUCUCCUAGACUGGGUGUCUACCACCGCCGAUCAAGCUCUGUCGCCCAGCAGGUUCGAACUGCAGCAGAUGAUGAAGAGGCCGAUCUACCGUUUGCUACGCACCGAAGCAUCAGUCUCGGGGCCAACGACCGGGAGCCGCCGACGCUGAGCACACUUCUCGGCCGCCAAAUGGGCUUGGAAGACGAGUGUUCCGGGCAGCAGGAAGAUGCGUCCAGCCCGCUUCGGCCGGCUACCGGCGUCCAGACUGCCGAGUCUUCCGAUGUGAUACAGCGAGGUUCGGCGAGCGACACACCCCCUGAUGGCUUCAUCCCCUCGGCGCAAGCAAGUUCUCCUUUCCAGCGGCGGCGAUAUCCUGGCAUGGCGAGCGGCCGUCGGAGCACUCCUCCGCAUUCCUCCCGAGGCAGCUUCGUUGGGUCGACCAGUAGGCUUGGCCGCCCAGACGACGAGACCGUUGGCGAGGAGCCGCUUGUCUUUACGCUCUCCGAGAUGGACGCUCUGGGACGGCGAAGCUUGGAAGAAGGUCGCGGCAGUGGAUCCGUUGAUCGACCCUCUUUUGAGCCACGAGGCACGAGUCGAAGAGGAUGGGCUGAGUGA